GAUUGUUGUUUACAAUGUUGAGACAAGUUGGGUUUGUGUUGUUAAUAUUUGUUAUAACAAAUGUACAUUCAGCUAAAAUAAUAGCAGUCUUUCCUACUCCAUCUGUGAGUCACCAAGUAGUGUUUCGACCACUAGCUCUAGAACUGGCCAAACGUGGUCACCAUAUAACAAUCAUAACAACAGAUCCAUUCACGCAAGCAAAAAACCCAAAUAUCACAGAAAUUGACGUCCAUGAUAUAUCAUACGAACUGUGGAAAAAGUACGUCGUUUUGGAUUUGGAAUUUGGGAAUAAAGACAAUAUUUAUCCACAGGUCGAAGUGGUACCGAAAGUAAUGAUGCAUAUUAUUUGUUCGCAACUUGAACAAGAUUCAGUUCAAAAACUGAUAAACAGUAAAGAAUCCUUCGAUCUUUUAAUAUUAGAAGGUUGGCUGAGGCAAAAUUUGAUAUAUUCUCAUAUUUUUAAAGCCCCCGUGAUUUUGAUGAGUUCCUUUGGAGCGAUGUUUGCAAGGGAUGAAGUCAACGUGGGAGCACCUACACAUCCUUUUCUCUACCCAAUGUUAAUACAACAGAGACUUUAUAAUAUGAGUUUUUGGGAGAAAAUUCAAGAAUUAUACAAACGACAGUGGUUUGAUUCAUUUUGGUAUGCUAGUGACGGUAAGGAAGUUGCGGUCUUCAGAGAGAAGAUAGAUAAAGAUUUGCCAGAUUAUGAAGAGUUAAGCAAAAAUAUUAACAUGUUAUUUAUAAAUACCCAUCCUAUGUGGAUCAAUAAUCAACCUCUGCCACCAAACGUAGUAACGCUUUGGGGAAUACACAAACACCCGCAGAAACCUUUGCCGAAUGAUCUUCAAACAUACCUUGACUCAUCUAAAAACGGAGUUAUCUAUUUAAGUUUUGGUUCCAACGCACUCUCAUCCAUUUUAUCCCCAGAGAAGAUACAAAUUUUUGUGCGCGUUUUUUCUCGAUUGUCAUACGACAUUUUAUGGAAAUGGGAGACUGAUGAACUGCCGGGAAAAUCGGAGAAUAUAAAGAUUUCCAAAUGGUUACCGCAGUCGGAUUUAUUGAGACACCCAAAUAUAAAACUCUUUAUAACCCAAGGAGGUUUGCAGUCAACCGAUGAGGCUAUAACAGCUGAAGUACCUAUGAUAGCUGUUCCAUUGCUCGGAGAUCAAUGGUUUAAUGCAGAGAAAUAUUUAUAUUAUAAAAUUGGAAUGAAACUCGAUAUGGAAACAAUUACUGAAGACGAACUUGAUAACGCUAUUAGCACUGUUAUAAAUGAUACUAGCUAUAGGGAUAACAUCAGAAGAUUUAAUGAUCUAUUACACGAUCAACCACAGAGUGCAUUGGAUCGAGCCGCUUGGUGGACAGAAUAUGUCAUAAGACAUGGCGGGGCGAAGCAUCUUCGAUCAAUUGCAGCUAAUUUGCCGUGGACGGAAUAUUAUGAGAUUUAUUUUGUACUUAAGCUAACUUCACUUUUGCUUAGUAUUAUAUUCGGCGUUUUAGUUGUAGUUUAUCUGGUUUGGCGACGUUUAUUUACGAAGGAAAAGCUUAAGUCUGCUUAAAAUUUCAACCAUGUCAUUGCAGUGCAUGGAGUUACGGUGUUUAGCUGAUUAUUUUGUCUAUGACUAUAGUAUGCCAAUACCUGAUAUUACUAACUUGACUACCAAGUGCCAACUAGUCCAACCAAGAGGUCGUUAGAGAGAAGUCCUUAGAGGAAGAUUGCCUUGGUGACGUUCAAGUUAGUAAAGAGGAAGUUAACAAUAUUCUAAAAUCACUAGAUACUUGCAAAGGACCGGGUCCAUCUAUCAUGGUAUUCCGUUUCACUUUGUCGAAAAUUGCUACGAUGUGCUAACAACACACAUAUACCUUGUUUAAAAAAUCGCUCUACUGGAACCUUUCCCGGGAAAUGGAAAGUUCUUUACAUAAUACCUAUACACAAAUUGGGGGAAGACAAUUGGUCUUUAACAACAAACAAAUAUGCAUAAUCAACUACUUUGCUAAAAUUUUUAAAUGCGGUGUUUACAAAAUUAAGCUAGUAAAAAAUCCUUAUCAGCACGAGUUUAUGACUCACAAAUCAACAACAUUAACCUUGACGGCAUACUCCGAUUACUUGUCAGAUCGAUGAUAGGGGUCGACAUUAUUAAUACUGAUUUUCAAUAAGCGUUUGAUAAAGUACAUCAUCACCUUCUAUUGACAAAUACCUAUAAAAAAUUAUAACGGGAUACAUGGCAACUUGCUCGGAUGGAUAAGCUCUUAAACAAUUGCACCCAAAUAGUUGCCAUUAGGAGUUAUUAUUAGGUUUACCAUUAUUUGAUUAGAUUGGAUUCGAAUAAUAGUAGGAAUUUUCAGUAGGAAAAUCUAAGCAUAAAUAAGAAACCAUAAAAAAA